GAAGAUAUAUUAACGAUGAUUGUAUUACCAUUUUUGUGUUUUAUUUUGAUCUCGCUAGGAAACGGUGACGAUAGCAGCGGAAACGGUGACGAUAGCAGCGGAAACGGUGACGAUAGCAGCGGAAACGGUGACGAUAGCAGCGGAAGUAGGAAGAGCAAAAGCAGCAGCAAAAGCAGCAGCAGCAGCAGCGAAAGCGGCGAACGCAACAACAACGGCGGAAACGGUGACGAUAGCAGCGGAAGUAGGAAGAGCAAAAGCAGCAGCAAAAGCAGCAGCAGCAGCAGCGAAAGCGGCGAACGCAACAACAACGGCGGAAACGGUGACGAUAGCAGCGGAAGUAGGAAGAGCAAAAGCAGCAGCAAAAGCAGCAGCAGCAGCAGCGAAAGCGGCGAACGCAACAACAACGGCGGAAACGGUGACGAUAGCAGCGGAAGUAGGAAGAGCAAAAGCAGCAGCAAAAGCAGCAGCAGCAGCAGCGAAAGCGGCGAACGCAACAACAACGGCGACCCUGCUCCUGCUCCUGGUUCUUCUCCUCCCUCGGAAUACGUGGAGUGUGCUACUGGACCACAACUCAUUGCCCAGGUUGAUCCUCCCUUCACUCUAUCUUUCAACAUCAACUCCAACUCGGAUGUAUUUGUCAUCACCUUCUGUCCUACUUCGGUCCUCUCUACCGAAAGCUGCUACACCAUGAGGUUGAGCUCCAUCGGCCCCUCAGUUAUCAACCAAGGCCCGAAUGCAGCGUGUGACCCUGUCGAGCUUCCGUUCAUCAGAAAGAACAAGAAAGAACGCAUCACCGUCGUCAUCAACAGCAAACGGUGUACAGUCAGCAAUAACCGCGGUGGUACGCUUCUCAUCGCAGAUCCCGAUGAAGGCCGCUUCCGGUUUGUCUACGGCUCUUGCCUUAAUGGAAACAGGUGCCGAAUCCAUUGUGUGCGUUAAUAACUCGAAUGGAGCACCACGCACUGCACAUGGCAGAUGCCUUAAGUAGAAAGUAGCACGAUAUAGAUCUACGCAGUCAUUAUUCCGCAAUCCUCCUCACUAAUAUAUCAAGAUUAUAAACCCUUUAUUCCCAAACAUGAAUACUAGUCACAAAAUUACGUAUAAGAGGUGGCCGUUUUUCUUUUUGAUGAAUAAAUCGUAAUAUUUGUCUAUUAACACAACAAUCUGCCUCACUCCUAUAGUAUAACAGAAUUUUCGUUUCCCCUAUUGGAAUUAUUGGAAACAGAUAGCGUUCCAUACAACUAUAUAAAAAUGGCAUGUUCAACGUUUUCUUUUCAUAAUCAAAUAAUACAGUUCCGAACAUAAAUGACUACAUUACCAGACAGUCGUCUUUUUCUUCUAAAAUUACAAUUAUUGUAUAAUACAAAGCGAAACCGGCACUACGGACCGUUACAUUUUUGUUUUUAGUAUUCUACUUUAAUAGAUUUGAAUUAUUAUUAGGCAUUAACUUGUUGCAGCACUAAUCGGUGGAUGACUUGUUAUACUGUAUAAUAUUAUCGUCACCUGUCAAGCCACCAAAUGAGGAUUAAUAAAAGAAUGUCAUUGCGUAGAAA